AUGUCCUCCAGAGCCCUACGGAAACUCCAGCGAGAGCAGGAGCUACAAAGACAAGUCGCCGCGGCCAAAACAGCCUACGAAGAGACCCAAGAGUCAGAAGAUGAUGAUAUACCAGGGCACAUCUCUACUCCAUCUCGACCUGCAAAUGCUUUUGACAUGCUAGAGGAUGUCGGUGAUGAAGAUGAACCGGAUUCAAAAGAGCGGGAGGCGAUAGCACGUCCGAACGCCCCCACAGAACCUCAAGCGGAGGAUGGAUCACAAUCCAACCAAGCGUCAUCCACCAAGUCAAAGAAAAGGAGGAAAAAAGGGAAGAAAAAGGGUAGCGUUAAGCACACACAACCCACGGAAGAAAAGGACGUGUCGGGGGAUGAAGUUGACCGAGCGCUGCGAGAGUUGGCGGCAAAACACGGACACAGAUAUCCAGUACUAGUUGAGGUCGAACAAACACCUAGUUGGGAGGCAACAGCCACGAAACUACUCGCUAUUGACGCAAAUAAUCUUAACCCGGUAAAUGAGAUGAAGAGUUUAUUUGGCAAUAUCGCACUGGAAGAACAUGAGUCGCGGUCCGCACCUCGUCACCAGCGACGGCGAGAGCAGAACCUGCAAGGCGGAGUUGAUCUGGCCACCGCGCUGACUGGAAGAUAUUGUGUUGCAAGCAAAGGUAAAGAACUUGGGACCCUCGCAUCAAGACGGAACGUAUUCGUGCAAGGAAAGGAGGAAUGGCCUUCAGCCACCAGUGGAGGGCUGGGCAUGGAAUACGUCCCUGAUCCGGUGUCCUUCGAGAAAACAUAUAACAUCAUACACAACAACCUGUAUCAGGAAACCCAGAUGCAUUUCCAAAUGGCAGUCGAAUCCAUGAAUCCUCAAAGAAUGGUAGGUUUGCUCUCCAUGUAUCCUUAUCACAUCGCCACUCUGCUGCAAGUUUCAGAAAUUGCCAAACACCAAGGCGAUCAUGCUGUAUCUGGAGAUUUGGUAGAGCGAGCAUUGUUCUCCUUUGGCAAAUCCGUCCACAGCUCGUUCCCAGCAGCUUUGAGAAGUGGCGUCGCUCGAGUUCCCUUCGACAAACCUGCAAAUCGGGAAUUGUAUCUGGCGAUUUGGCGAUACAUCAAGAAUCUAGAGAUGAGAGGAACCUGGCGAACAGCAUUUGAAUGGGCCAAGGUCCUCCUUCAGCUCAAUACACAAACAGACCCGUACGGAGUGACUUUGAUGGUCGAUCAACUUGCUCUCCGAGGGCGCCAACAUGCUCAACUAAUAGCCCUCUGUUCAGACGACGGAUAUGGCCAAUCAUGGGAUUUCUUACCCAACAUUCAAAUCUCACUGGCUCUGGCUUAUCAAAGAGCCGGCAAACUGCGAGAGUCACGGACACAACUCGCUGUUGCAAUGCACAAAUACCCAUACAUAUUGUCCGCCCUGGCCUCAGCACUCGACAUUUCUCCUCUUCCGAAAUCUUUAUGGGCAAAGCUCCCAUCAACAGACGCUGAAAAGCUGUACACGCAGCUCUACGUCACCCGCGCAAAGGAUCUGUGGAACACUCCGGAGACCAUCAGCCUCUUAGUCGAAGUUGCUGAAACUCUAUCACAUUACAGUGAAGCGAUCGCAGCCGCCCCAGCAGCGCCUAAACUCGAAGUCUCCCUCGAAGAAGCCAGACAUAUCAUGCUCCUAGAGAUCCCGUCACUCAUCGCUCUCCUCCCACGCCACUUCACUACCAUGCCCACAUCCUCUUCCGAUAUCCUGCCCCCACCAGACUCACAAUCAGGCUUUGUACGCCGCACUCCCGGAAAUUUCGGUGCGGGACAGGGUGGGACUAUGCAAACGAUUUUCAACGCCGCUGGAGCUACUGCAGGGGCCACGGGCAGUUUAUUGCAGCGAGUCCUGAACUGGUUCCAGACACCUGCGAGACCAGAUGAUGUGAAUGACGAGUCUGAAGGCGAGGCGGCUCUCCGCAACCUCCAGGAGCAACUUGGAGGGGACAUCCCAGAGGAUUUACUCGAACGGCUCCUGCAAAUUCACUUGGACGACGCUGGGAAUAUGGAUGAAGGAGUCACGCCCGCCGGCCUCGGGAUUGCUGGAGGCUGGGACUACUAUGAGGAUGCGGAGCGGAACAAUUCGACAGCAGACAAUGAUGACGACAGCAUACCUGAGCUCGAAUCAAUAUCAGAUGAUGAGUUGCCGCCAGCGGCGCCAAAUGUGCCACGUAAUCCACGAGCUCCGAUGGUUGAAGAGGAUGAAGAGGACGAAGAUUUGGCUCAACUACCACACUUGACCGCUGGACGUACAGUCCUGCGCCACGUCGACUCCGACUCGGAAGACGAGGGAAACGGUUCCACCACCAGACCAACCAACCCAUUACAAUCUGCUAUUCACCCAACUCAGGCCGACGCAACGACAUCUGUCUCGGCUUCCGAAGACUUCAGCCCCUCCGACCCUCAACGCGUUCAACGCUGGCUUCUCACCACAGGCUUAAUGGACCUGCGAUCCAAACCCGAGACGCUGGACCUGUAUAUUUCGCGCCUCAAACUCCUGCGGAGCACGCAGCAAGAAUGGGUCGUGCGGAUGGUAGGACAACGUGCCGGAGCGGAUGUUGAAAGCAGAGUUCGCGGUGCGAUAGGGUAG